GUAAGAAUGAUGAUGGAUAGCAGUGGGUAUCAACGUUCUGCUAAAUGUUGCCAGAACAGGUUCCAGAAGUUAUACAAAAGUUAUCAGGUCGCUUCAGAACACAACAAGAAAUGUGCCAUAAGAACUCGAAGACGUCCUCCAUUUUAUUUCAAGUUAAACACACUCUUUGACUGUAGUGAGAUAAACGAAGCAGUUGUAACUGGGUCAUUGGGACGGCAGAUGAUAGAGGUUGACGAGGCAGAAGUGCUUGGUGUGCUUGUGAAAGGCCUAAAGGAGAUAAAAGGCAAAAACUGUCAUAGUAUUCCUCGCUUACCACUUUUGCUGGCCCUCUCAGACUAUCUUAAUAAGUACUUUGAGUGCACAUCUGAAGCAUUUCCUCCCCAUCAGUAA